GAUGUGAAGGCAUCUGCAGACUGAGCUUCCCUGCCAAGAUGCUUCUGGUCACGGUCGUAGCCUCCACUCUGCUCCUCUGCUCUGUAGCCAGCCAGGAGUGUUCCACCUCGGAAGGGAUCUGGAAUCUCAACUCCCUCAUCCAGAAAUGGCAGGAAGAGCCGUCUGCAAAAUGCAAUUGCAGUGCCAAUGUGACCAGUUGUUUGUGUCUGCCCAUCCCUUCUGACAACUGCACCACGCCCUGCUUCCAGGAAGGACUGGCACAGAUGACCCAUGUCAUGGCAAACACGGCAUCCUCACUGAUCUUCUAUAAGGUGAAAAGAACAGUUCAAGGCCUGAAGAACAACAAAUGCCCUUUCUUUUCCUGUGAGCAGCCAUGCAACCAGACCACAGCCGGCAACAUGCUGACCUUUCUGAAGAGUCUCCUGGAAGUUUUCCAGAAAGAAAACGUGAGAAAGAUGAGAGAUCGAGUAUGA